UUAUCACCCACCAUGAACUGGGAGGAAAACUUGUUUGUGAAAGUUGUUUCCUUUCGCCAAAACCCCACACUUUGCAUUGGUAAUCUUAAGCUAGAGGAGGAUGACUUUGUGCUGGAUGUUUUACAGGCUCUAUGCUCUGAUGUCAUAGUGCAUAGUGACAAGUGCCACCUAUUGGACAUUCUAGAUGAAUAUGCCAUCAGCCUUCUUCAGACUCCAGCUAUCAUAGAACAGACUAUUGGGUCUUUGUUAGAUAUAUUCAACCAGUCAGUAGAAGAUGGCAAUGUUAUAUACAGGGCACAGCUCUUACAUACAAUCACAAGUAUACUGGUACAACUGGAGCAAAUUGAGCACCAAGCUACAUUGUUCAAGAGCUUUACAGAGCUAUUGUUGGAGACUUGUUCCAAGGUGAAUAACACCCCUAAUAAACUGUUACGCCUUGCUGCUUGCCAGAGUCUUCAGGAGAUAGAGGUCUCUUACCCAGGGGUGCUGUGCAGAAAGCUUGAAUACCUGUACCAGAUGUCUCAAAUGGAGCAUAGCAAUAUAUGUCAGGCCUACAUGACAUUGUUUGUCACAGCAUUAAGGAAUACAAUACAUCUACUGGCCAAGCAGGAGACUAGCAGUGCCCCAGGUGUGUUGAAUGAGAUGUUAUGCGACAGAACAGAGCCACUGAAACCAUUGGUUCUGCCCAACAACCUAGCUGAUAUUCAGUUAACCCCUCCACAGAAUGAGAGAAAGUUGGAUAAUAGCAUUGAUACAAAAGAGCUGCGAAGUGCAGUUUCAUACAUAAUGGACUAUUGUGCUGUCCUCACCCACUCCAGUCUCUUCUAUGUUAUCACUGAACUCAUCAAGAUCUUCCACAUGGUCCCUGUCAUGUCACCAACUAUAUUCAAGUCACAUUUUCUACGCCACAUCAGUUCUUCUGACCUUCCACUUUUCCAUUCCACAAUACUGUUGAAGUUGCAUUUUGGUGAUGACUUGGUGUCGUCUGCUGAGAAUGAUGCAUUAUUGGAUAGAAUCAUUAUAUUAGCCAAUCAGACAUCACUAUUUCCUGCCCAGAAGUUGCUUAGCUAUCAUUGGCUGCUGCAUUAUCCUCAAAAUAAGAACUGUAUUCCAAAGGAACCUUGUCUUCCCCCAUACUAUCUUCAUAAGGAGAAAUAUUUCAUUCCUCAGAUAUUCGAUGGAUUUGACACACAGCUAAAGAAGUUAACAAUAUUGAGUGUACUUUAUGUACAGUCCAAUACUGUUCCCCCUCCAGAAACUCUAAUGGGUUGCAUAUCAAACCUGACCAAGUCCAUUAGGAAAGGUGUUGGAGGUAGGACAGCAGCUACCUGUUACAAAAUACUCUUUGUUUAUUACACAAUGUUCAGCGAACACCAAGCAGUGGUUGAGGAAAUCAAGAGGUUUAUCAUAGACAUUGUGAAGUUGCAUCCAAAGUUUGCCAGUUAUUCAUUGGAUUUUCUUCAUGUUGUUACUCAGAAAAUGCCAGAAAGUUCACUGGCCCAUGAUUCGUUAUUGGAUCUAACCAAUCACAUAACAGAUUUGCAGUCAUGUGAUGUCCAAGAACAUUUCCACAAUUAUAUGACUAUUCUAGAGAAAGCUGCUCAGAUGCCAUCUAUAGAUCAAAAGCCUACCAUCAGCUACCUAUCAGGUCUGCUAGACACCUUGCCAAUGGGCUCAGAGAGAGACUGGCUAAGUGGUAGUGCUGUAUUGGCUGUGUGUCGUGCAAUAUUACAGCACCAAAACACAAGUCCUUUAUUUCAAGUACUUGGAGAGGUUCUCUACAAGCUAAGCAGUCAACAUAAUGACAUAGACAUUAAGGACCGCGCAAGAUGCCUGUAUGCUCUACUAAUGAAUCUGUCCAGUGAAAAGAUCACCAAUAUUCUUACAGAGGCCCCUGUAGAGUCUAGGGAUAGGUCCCAGAACUUGGCCAAUUUAGUUACAGCAAGUGCCAACUUCCCAACUGCUGAACCCAUCACCAGACUUGACCAAUCAAUUCUAGAACUGUGCAGGCAAAGAUGCAGGAGAGAGGAGAAAGAGAAAGUCUCAGAAGAGAAUAUGUCUUUAGGCAAAGCAGAUGACAUCAAGUCCUAUGUUGAACAACUAAAUGAACCAACUUUCAAGCCACAUGUAUCUCUAACAUAUGAAAUACAAUUUGUUAAAGACAAUAGCACACAGUUUGACAAGAUAUAUGCAGUGCAGUUCAAGUUUAAAGUGCAUGAAAAUUACCAACAAAUACCAGAUGUAUGUAUUCCACACCUUAGUAAAAAUGCAGCAUGUCCUUGUAUUACAUUGAGACUUUAUCCAGAGCUACCACUCCCAACUGAUAUAUCAGUGCAGUUUAGCUUCAUGAGUAAAGAUGGCAGCACCUAUAUGAGUAGCAUGAAACAUUUGAAUGUACAAUUCUCAGACUUAUUCCUGAGAUGUCCAUGCCCAAAUGUUCUGCAACAUGUCAACAGUGAGGCUUCUGAUACAAGUCCACCAGUGUUGGAAUCUGUCUUCACUAUUGGGUUAACCUCCUCUUGUGUGGAAGCUCUCAUUGAGGAACAUUUUGCUGAGUUUGUGGUCCCCACUUCUAUAGAGGUCUCCCAAGAUUGUCCCAUUGUGGAUAUGAAAACCAAAAGAGUUGCAAUAUUCCUACCACGGAGGUAUCACCUUAUGAUGACAUUUACCAUAAAUGAUGACAGAACAGUAGUUGCCAUAGAAACAGACAGUUUGACUAUUCUUCCUAAAAUUAAUGCGUUACUAAAGGACAUUGUAGAGAAAUGGAAAAGUAAUUGAUGUGUGUGAUUUAACAACGUUCAUGUGCAGUAUUACCCUUCAGAAGACCUAGACAUGUCUUCACUCUUUAAAUUAAAGACAAUUAUUCCAUCCAGCCUUUAUCCAAUCAGAUUAUGCAGUCAUAAAAGUAUUCACACAUUUUCUUUCUAUAAGUAGCCAAUAUUAAUUUCAGAUUCAAACUUCCAUAAAAGGCCAUUAAGAUAUUGAGCUCAUUAAGAUUGUGUCAUCAUCAAAAUUAUCUGUGAUAGUCAAAGGAUCAUAUGCGUAGUGAACAGGAGUGCAAUAUUAAACCUGGAAAAUAUAAAUGAAACAAAACCGAAACAAAACCGAAACAAGUGUUUUUUUAAAUAUAUACAAAAUUUUAUAUUCAUAAUAUGAAGCUAAAAUGUGUAUUACAUGCAUAUAUGUACAAGUCAGUGAGCUACAUUGUUCUUUGUUGAUACAUUGUUGAUGCAGGUUCACUCUUGUCAGUAUCAAUGCAAUGUACACAGCACAGGGUUGGGAUUAAUCUUUACACCAGUGUUUGUUUUGACAGAAUAUUGAAUUAACAUACACUCUCCUUAUCUGUCCGAAA